CGGCUUCCCGUCGCCGUGUCGCGCAGUGGUCCGUCGGAGCGACACCACGGGCAGUCGGCGGCCGGACGGGGAAGAUGGACGCAGCCACUUUGACAUAUGAUACUCUCCGGUUUGCCGAAUUUGAAGAUUUCCCCGAGACCUCAGAGCCUGUUUGGAUUCUGGGCAGAAAAUACAGCAUUUUCACAGAGAAGGACGAAAUCUUGUCGGAUGUGGCAUCCAGACUUUGGUUUACAUACAGGAGAAACUUUCCAGCCAUUGGGGGAACUGGCCCUACCUCAGACACAGGCUGGGGCUGCAUGCUUCGGUGUGGACAGAUGAUCUUUGCCCAGGCCCUGGUAUGCCGGCACUUAGGUCGAGAUUGGAGAUGGACUCAGCGGAAGAGACAGCCUGACAGUUACUUCAAUGUCCUCAAUGCUUUCCUCGACAGGAAGGACAGCUACUACUCCAUCCACCAGAUAGCGCAAAUGGGAGUUGGCGAAGGCAAGUCUAUAGGCCAGUGGUACGGGCCGAACACUGUUGCCCAGGUCCUCAAGAAGCUUGCUGUAUUUGACACGUGGAGUUCCUUGGCUGUUCACAUAGCAAUGGACAACACUGUGGUGAUGGAGGAAAUCAGAAGGUUGUGCAGGGCAAGCCUUCCCUGUGCUGGAGCUGCUGCAUUUCCAACAGAGUCAGAGCGGCACUGCAAUGGGUUCCCUGCAGGAACUGAAGUCACCAACAGGCCAUCAACUUGGAGACCCCUGGUGCUUCUCAUCCCUCUCCGACUGGGACUUACAGAUAUCAAUGAGGCCUAUGUGGAGACGCUGAAACACUGUUUCAUGAUGCCCCAGUCCCUGGGUGUUAUUGGAGGGAAGCCCAACAGUGCCCACUACUUUAUUGGCUACGUUGGUGAGGAGCUCAUCUAUCUGGAUCCCCACACUACACAGCCUGCAGUGGAGCUGACUGACAGCUGCUUUAUCCCCGACGAGAGCUUCCACUGCCAACACCCUCCCUGCAGGAUGGGCAUUGGGGAGCUUGACCCAUCCAUUGCUGUGGGAUUUUUCUGUAAGACUGAGGAAGACUUUAACGACUGGUGUCAGCAAGUUAAAAAGCUAUCCCUGCUUGGAGGCGCCCUGCCAAUGUUUGAGCUGGUGGAACAGCAGCCUUCCCAUCUGGCCUGCCAGGAUGUCCUGAACCUGUCCCUAGAUUCUUCUGAUGUAGAGAGACUGGAGAGGUUCUUUGACUCUGAGGAUGAAGACUUUGAAAUCUUGUCCCUCUGAAAAUCCUGGGGUUGGGGAAUGGCCUCCAUGGCCCUCGUUGGGGUGCUUUGAGAACCCAGACCUGCCUUGGGCACUCAGUGUCACCGCAUUCCAUCCACCUAGCCACCCCUGCCAAGUGCUGUUCGCCUGUGCCACCUCUGUCCAGAGGGCCACUUUGCUCAUGGACCAAGGACUGCGGUGCCUGGAGGCCUUACUGCUUGGAGUCAGACUGCCUAACCCCAAACACAUGAAGGGCCUGUCCACAUGAGGUCGCCCAUCAGAAGGCCUAGUCAGGAAGAGCAGCAAGUCAGGAGCUUCCAGAGUUCUCCACUUGAUACUGCCAGCCCUGGUCAGCACAUCAGCUUUGGUUCUGCUUUCUUCUGGGCAUCUGGGUCUAUGGUUUAUUUGGAAUUAAAGCCCUAUUUGAAGUUGUUUAACAAAGACAUGAAUUUCUGGGGCACUUCCCAGGGCAGCCUUAGAAGAUCUGCAGGUUGAUGUGUACAGAGUGACAGUCACAUCAUGGCCUCAUACUGCUGGGCAGGGUGAGCUUUCGGGCUGUCUCCUCUGCCCAGUGUGAUUUAUCAAGGGCUACCUCGGUGGGAGAGCAUAUGGAAAGAAUCACAGCAAGGCUGCUACUUGCUUUGGAGAGAAAAUAUUCUUGUGGGGCAUUGGAAAAAUCCAAAGAUAUCAGUGUGCAUGGGCACAGUGUGGACACCUGAAGCUUGGGGCAGCUGACAAGCCCCCAGGGCAUCUGGAGUUGUAGUCCUGAGGUUCCCUAUUAGGACCUCACUAGGGAAGAGGUUUGUUUCCUAUAAGGGGUUGAUGCAUUUGUUAGCUUGCCACCCAGCUUCCCUCUGGGGGGAAAGGGAGGGGAGCAGAGCUGCUCUUUGCUUGUGACACUGUGCCCGCUGGUAGUAGGGUACACACUGCUACUUGAGCCUUCCUCUCUGUUCCUUUUGAGAAAACUCUCCUGGAUCACAGAGAAUUUUAGAUGGUCUGGGUCCAAAAAGAUAAAAGUACUACAGCUUUGUGGUACACAAUAAACAUUUGGACAGAGCUGGUAGCUCCAGGCACUAGCAGGUGAAGUGUCCAGCCCUCCUUGGCACAUACCUGACACCUUCUAACCCUGGCUUUCUGGGCCCUCAAGCUUUGAUGCUCUAGGUCUGCUGUCUUAGAAAAAGGCCUGUCCUCCCCCUAGAUACCAACAGGGCAGUGUGCCGUGACCCUUGCAGGAGCCUUUACUAAAAACCCUUCCCUAGCAGCCUGUAGAUUGGGUGAGGCUGGAGCUGUUCGCUGAUAAAGCAGCUCUAAGGGGCCCACAAGGUAGCAGGAGGCAUCCCUCUCCAUCAAGUGUUGAUGACAUAUUUAUUUCAUCUUAUUCUCUUUCUCUCUCACACAGCUUGUCCCUUAGCUUCAGGUGGCGUGGGAUAGGGGAAAGGCCAGGACAGUUUCCAUUCCUCUGGGACUUGCUUCCUGAAUCCAGUAGCCAUUGUGCUGGCUGUGGCCCAGGGUCUUGGUGUUAACUCCUGCUGUUAGUAACCAAGGGUGGAUGUGUGGAACACUACAACCCUAGGGAACUCCCAGGGCUUGAGAAAGGCUUCCUGAGGUUGUUCAUUCUUAGUAGUGUAGUUUGCAAUUCUUAAUGGUAAUAAUAAGUUUCAGUAGAAAACAAA